AUGGCAGAAGCAAUGCAAGGAGCUGGCCCUAGGGAAACCGGACCCUGGGCCAACCUUCCAGCCUCCAAGGACCCCGCGUCACCCCACUACCUAUACCACCCUGAACAUGAACGUCUCUCCUCGAUGGUACCGUCGGCGAUUACCACUCCAUAUAUAAUUCCAGCACUACCGGGGUUCAUUGCCUACUGGACGGGGAUAAAUACGAUGUAUGGUGUCCAAGGGCGUGAUAGCGUGUAUGUUAUCGCCAUGCGCCGUCGCGCCGAGCUCUUGCCUAGACCGUUUACACAAACCGAACACGCGAUAUUAGGCCGUUACUCGCAGAACAUGCAGAAUGGAGCUGAGUACUUUGGAUUGAUGGGUUUGGUUGGUGGUGCUUUACACGCUGUUCGGACGGAGUAUUGGCCUAUGGAGAAGUCCGUGAGGACGAUGCUUGGCGCGACGGGGACAGCGGAAUCAGCUCCACCGUCUGGCUUUAUAUAUCCUAAUGGCUGGGGACAGAACGAAGGGGGUACAAGUGCUACCGGUGCUGCCGGUGCUGCUACUUCUACGACGAAUCCUACGGCUGGCUCUGCUUCUACAGCCGCGAAUUCCGCCGAGUCGACGAUCAUACCACCUCGUUCCGGGAAGUAUCCACCAAUUGAUCCCCCCAUGCCACGGAUCGAUGUUACCAAAGUAUCAGAGGAUUAUCUCAGAGGUCCGCGUGUUACACCACCACCCCCAUUGAUGAAUUACAGUUGGGGUUCGGCGUUACAGCGCUGGUUUUAUAUGUUACAGAUGCCCCCACAUCCCAUGGUGAAUUUUACGAUGUGGCAGUUAACUCGGCUAAGAAAUGCCCCCCCACAUCGGAGGGAUACAGAUAAAUACAAGCAGUUUUAUGAAUUGGUGGAAAGGUUUAUCCUUUGGUCGAGGGACUGGGCGCUGUUAAGAGAUAGAUCUCGAUUGAAGAUGAAAAGUGAUUUCGACAAAGAACGGGCGAGGGCCCAUGAAUAUACAAACCCUAUGGCUCAGAAAGAGAUUAUGACUCUAGGCAAGGAAUUGGAUGAAUUUGAUAAGAAGAUGGCAGAAGCUAGGAAGGCUUGGGCAGAGAGGACAGCGGCAGCCGGUGAAAUCGAAGCCGCAAUCAUUGCAAGGAGGCCUCUUGACCCCAAUGCUAAACCUGCUCCUUUGCCAAGGAACUGGGCGGAGACGGAGGAAUAUCAAAAAGCAUUGAAAGAAGCUAAGGAACUGGACAGGGCUGCGAUGAAGGAGCGAAUGGAGUCUGCUCGCUCUCCUAGCCUCCAGGAUAACGGCGAGGCUCCGCGCAAAACUACUGCCACCGCAACCACCCGAUCCGGGAAUUUUAAAAUGAUUAAGGACGCUUUUCGAGUCGGAACCUGGGCUUUCUUUGGAAAAUACGUUGUCGGCACUAUAGGACUCAUUUGGUUGACUUCCAGAUCUCGUCAGACGGAAGUCGCCGACGAAAGGCUGCAGGAGUUUAACUACGACCGAACGGAAUAUGCCAAGCUUAGAAUGAAGGAGGCGGCUGCGAGAAGAGGGCUACCAGUACCACCACCAGCACCAUCACAGCAACAAGGGGAACCGACACAUGGAGAACCAACACAUGGAGAUGAAGGCGAAAGUGGAACUAGGCGGCCAAAUCGUUUCGAUUCCGUGGAUAAUCAGAGUCUUGGCGGGGUACAAAGCGAGAGCAUUGACUGGGGUGAUCUCGUAAAGGAUGAUACCCCUGCGGUAGCGAGACAACAAAGUAACGACUCAAGAUUACCCCCCCUAAGGCCAGGAGAGAGUGCAUGGGAUCGUGCUAGACGGGCGAGAGAGGGUCCUCAGGGCCCAGCUAUGGAAGAGGAUAGAUGGGCCCCACAAGGACAGCAAGAUACUGCACCGAAAACGGAUGAUAUGGCCAAUAUGUCAAGAUGGGAGAGGAUCAGACAACAGUCAUCCGAAGGAUAUGGCAGUGAACGAAGGGUUCCAGGUGAGAACCGAGAUGGAGGGGAUAGCUCUGGCUCCUUGAGCGGAUUUGGAAGAAGGCAGCAGGGACAAGAUAGGCAGAAGACGAAGGAGGAGUUACAGAGAGAGUUUGAUGCGCAGGUAGAGAAGGAGAGAAGGGGUGAAGAAGGGUCGUGGAAAUAG